GAUUACACCGUUACACCUUACACCUAUUUUUACCAUGGAUUAGUGGAGUCUUCCAUGGGCUCGGUUCAUGUCUUCGUUCUGUAUUUGUCGAAGUACUCUAAUGUAAAUCUGUUUUGUAGGAAGAAAAAGAGCUUUUGGAGCUAAUGUCAUAAAGAAAAGUGAGGUUCUGUUAUUUUAAUUGCAUCAAUACUGCUACAUAAAAAAACUAGAUUGAUAGUUAAAUCAGAAAGCAUGUCUAUGCUUGCGGAGCGCCGGCAAAAGCAAAAGUGGACCCUCAAUCCACGGGGGAAGUGGUGGACCGAAGAUUCCAACAAAUUUGGCCAGAGAAUGUUGGAGAAGAUGGGUUGGACAAAAGGAAAAGGACUUGGCAUUAAUGAACAAGGCAUUACAGAAUUUUCCAGUACAUCGCACAAGAACGAUACAACUGGUAUAGGAUAUGAUAAAAAUUUUGAGGCAUGGACUGAACAGCAGGAGAAAUUUGGAAGUUUUUUGCAGCAACUUAAUGGAAAUCAAGAUCAAGAUGCUGUUGAAGAGUCAGUAGAUGCGGAUGCUAAUUUCAAUGAACAAUCUAUUGAGCUGAAAUCUAAACAAAAUCAUGCUCGUGUACAUUACAAGAAGUUUAUGCACGGCAAAGAUAUAAAUAGAUAUAAAUCAAAAGAUUUGGCAAAUAUAUUCGGCCAAAAAGAAUUAAUUGAGAAAACUCAAGUCAUGAUAGAAAAAAAUGAUAUUCGUGAAAAAGAAACUGAUGGCAGAGACAAUUGGUAUGGAGUCAACACAAUUAAUGGCGGUAACAUGAUUGACUACUUUAAACUUAAGUUAAAUAGUAAUAUGACUGAUUAUUUGAAAUAUAAUGUAAAACCAAAAAAUGAUACAAACUUAUCAAGUAUAACUGAUAACCGAACAACUGAUUCUGAAAGUGAAAAUGACCAACACAUUGGUUUUGGAUUUAUACCAAAAACAGAAGAUACAUCAGUGUCUAGUUAUGGAGUGUUAAAAAACUCUGAUGAUAAGAACAAUUAUGCUUUUGAUAAUCCUUGCUUGGGAUUGAAUAGUUCUGUAGAAACUGUUUGUAGUACUAAUGACUCUUCUGCAAAGUCUAUAAAGAGAAAAAAGGAUUUUGAAGGUGAUAAUUCGCAUAUCAUUGAAACAGAUAAAAAUAAUGCUAGAAAAAAAUUAAAAACUGAAACUAUUGAUAGUGAUUAUAAAAAUGGUUUUACUAAUCCAGCUCUUAAUCUAGACAUAAAGUCUGAGGAGGAUUGCAAUGGCAAGGAAUUUGAAGUAUUCAGAGCACAACUUGGCCUUGAAAAUUGUGGUUUAGAUCUGACGGACGAAAGAAAUAACAAGAAACGCGUAACAUUUAACGAUCAUGUCAUGUUGUACAAAUAUAAUGUAAAUUCCAUUAAGAAGAAAAAGAAAGGAGAAGCCACAUUGGAUAAAUUUGAAGUUGAAAUUAAAAAGAAUAAAAAGAAACGGAAACAUGAGAGCACUAUGACUUCUACGAUGAACGGAAUUGUUAACGAAGCAUUAGACGUAGUAAUAUUAACCGAAGAAAUUAAUGAUAAUGAGUUGAAUGAACACAAGAAUAAAAAAAUUAAGAAGAGAAGAAUAAGUAAAACGUCUAAUCUGGAAACGAUACAAGAGUCACCAGAAAAGGAAAUUGAGAUCAUUAUAGAAUCAGAAAAUACUUUAGAUUCUAAUAUUAUUGAAAAUGGGGAAACGGACAAUGUGGAACAAAAAUCAAAGAAAAAAAAGAAGAAAGACAAAAAAGAGAAAAGAGCCAAAGUUGAAGAUAUUACAGUACUUCGUACUAUAAACGAAGAACCAGAUAUUGAAAUUAUAGAAGCAAUUAACAAUAAAAAAAUCCUAAAAAUUAAAGACAGUAAAGAAGAAGAAACAGUACUAUCUAAGAAAUGUAAAAAGAAAAAGAAAAAAGAAAAGGAAAAUUGCAAGAAUGAAAAACAUAUUCAAACUGAAAUACAUAAUGAUCAACAAGAUAUUAAGAUAUUGGAUAAAUCAAACUCAAAACAACAAAAUGAUUAUUUAAUCAAGAAUGAAAAUAAGGCUGUAAUAAUUGAAACAUUGCAGUGCACAGUUCCUGUCACUGAAGAAGAAAAAUCAUUAGAAAAAACUAAACAAAAGAAGAAAAAAAGAAAACACGUCAACAAAGAAGAAUGUUUGAGUGAAAUUAAUGUAUGUAAUAUAGAGAGGGAAAUCUCUGAUAAAGAAAACGCUGACAAAGAACAAACUUCAAAUAUCAAAAAAUUAGCAAAAAAGGAUAAAAAAAGCAAGAAAUUAAAAGAUAAGAAUGUAUCGGACGUAGAAGAUUCUUCCAAUCUUAACGAAGAAGUUGUAGACCUAAAUGUUACAAAACAGGACAACAUAGAAAAUACAGAGUUUACUGAUACGCCUUCAAAAAAGGGAAAUGUUAUUGAUAUUAUCGACAAUAUAAUCAAUAGUCCAUGGAGUAUAAAAGCAAGGAUGCCAAAGAAAAUGUUAAUAACACUUUUCCAUAACAAUGCAAUAUUAGAAUUUCCAGGUUCUAAUAUUCAUAAUAUAAAGGGAUACGGUAUGGAUGUUGAAAGCGAGCAAUAAUACGUGGAAUAAUUUUGGUAAUGAAACAUUUUUUAUAACAAAUGAUAAACAGUCUCUGACUUGAGAAGAAUUUUAUACUUAUAAUUAUGUAAUUAUACAAAAAUAUAAAGUAACUAAUAGUUCAAUAAAAUUAAAAAUUCAAUAUACGUUAAAGAAUCAAAGGAUUAUCAUGAGCCAACGCUGCAUGUUACGUGCAGAAAUAAUAUACAGUCAGUUUAUUCCACAUUUAACAUUUAACAUUAGUUCAUGGUAGCUUUUUGAUAUUCUUUGACGUAUAACAAUAUGUACAUGUUAUAAUUACAAACAAUUUUAUAAUUAUCAUAUAUGUAUUUAUGUACAGAGUGUUUUAUUUCAAAUGUAAUGGGUCAAAUAUCUCAGAAAAUAUUUUAGAUGAAAGUGGAAUUUCGAGGGAGACGUGUUUUGAUCGCGUUGUUUUUUCUCUGGUGUAGUUCCGAAUGACCCCUGCUCGCGAUUGAUUUGAAAUUUUACAUAUAAGUUUUUGAUGUAAAAAA